AUGGCGACUUCAGAAGGAGUUUUGAACAUCUCGGAUAUACAGAUUGUUUACCACCCGCCGCCGUGGCCCCAUCGAGCAUGUGAAGAGUGCAAAAGGCGAUAUGAAACGACCCAGUUGUACGCUUUGCACAAGAGUCAGCAGUCAAUGCGUGUUCCCGACCAAGAGAAAACGUCCGGAGCGUACCGCCUGAUGAUGUUUAUGAAUGCCAAACAACAAGACGGGAGAGACGAAAGCACCAGUGUGAGGAGAGAUGCGACAUCCAUACCACCGGACCAACUUUCCCCCCCGCCGUCUCGCGGGCGUAACGACAAGCCAUCUACAGAAGUUCCUGGUAGUCAUGAAUCGAUGGUCGACGUGUCUCCCACUGUCGUGAGUGAACCUCAGAGCUAUAGUCGCGGCAACAAUCACGGCCUUUUGGGGACGGAGAUGGAUAUCCCAGAUGUGAUUCCUUGGGAAAUGGAAGGUGGCCUCACGCCGUUCCUGUCCGACAACUAUAUCAAUGACGCGUUUAUCACACAAGAUCUCUCUGGGCUGAAUGCGGAGGUACCGUCAGAUUCUCAGGGCUUGGGGUUGUCGGUCUCUCAUCAAACCGAUCGUCAGCAUCUCUUAAGCCCACGGUCCCCGGCAGACACAUCACAGGCGCAGCAUCCCACCCGGACACUUUCGGCGAGUCAGCCUAGAUUAUACCAAUUGACCGUAUCAAAUGCUCUGCUGAGAGAGUUGGUUGACGUCUUCUUCAGCAAGAUCAAUGCUUUUCUACCCAUUUUUCACAAACCGAGAUUCUAUCAACAGUAUUUUCCGAAUGAGCCGCAACAUCAAGGUCUGGCACACCGUCGACUGCCGUUAGAAUCGGCCUUGAUAUUAAAUGGCAUCAUGAGUCUGUCUGCAAGAUUCGCGCAGCCUGCCGAAUUUGACGGGGUUCCCCCUAUCGCCAGGGGAGCAUUAUUCGCGAAAGAAGCGCAGUCGAUAUACGCCGACGCAAUACGAUCCCAAGGUGAAGAAGCCCCGACUCUGCCGUUUCUACAGGGCUGCAUAUUGUUGGCCUUCUACCACAGUACGAAUUGUUCAAACACCUUCCAAUGGGCUUUGAUCGGGAGUAUCACUCGCCUGGCCUACGACCUCGGGAUCAACUCUGUCGAUGAAGAUAUCAGUGCGCAUCACCACCCCGAUGAGCAGCCACAGUGGGCUUCUGUGGAAGACUGGGUGCACCGCGAGGAACUCCGUCGUGCUUGGUGGGCCAUUUGGGAACUCGACACGUUUGCCUCGACGGUCUCCAAAAGGCCAUACAUGAUCGACCGAAAUACGAUGAGGGUGCUCCUACCUGUCUCGGACGAGCACUGGUUUGCAGGUCACCCGGUCGCUUCCGCACCCAUGGGGUGUACUCCUUCGACGGCCUGGAAGAGUCUACAAAAUUCACCGAACCAGGAUGAAAGGGCGUGGUUCCUGAUAGCCAACUUCCUCAUGGCGUUGGCAAACGACCUGAUGAUCAGAGGAGAAAAUGUACAGAAAAGUGCAAAGGAAGAGAUGGAACUCGCCAUCACCUGUUUCAGUCUCAGUUUGCCAGAACAAUUCCGUCUGACUUGUAACGCUCUCGUUUUUAAUGACACCACUUUUGCGAGGAGUAAUUGGAUCAUAGCUACCAACAUCAUGUUACAGAGUGCCCGUACACAUGCUGCUCUCACAAUAUGCACCCCAGACCAAAAUGGUUUGUCACCUUCAGUUUCUUCCCCAGUCAGUGCCGAGCAUUUCUCAUCUGAAGAACAACGUUCCAAAUCUGCUUCGCACAAUUACAUGCAACACGCACACAAUGUCGUCAGGGCGAUCAAAUCUUGUUCCGCAGAUUACUUGGCCUACAUUUCACCCUUUUUGGUUUGUAGUCUCGUCGGAGCGAGUUCCAUGCAUUUCAGUCCCUUGUCACAGGGUGGUCCGCAGUCACCAAACGCAGCCGCCGAGAAGAGCAGCCUGAGUCGUGAAGUGGUCUAUCUUGGAAUAGCACAGAUUGCUAGGUAUUGGGGUAUAGGUUCACUCAUGUUGGACCUAACACAUGCUCUUCAUAAAAUGACGGGGGAUUCUGGUGUGCCAUUGACUGCUAGAGAACAUGACCUUGCAGUACGUUACGUCAGUAUUGCACCGGCGGCGAGGAAGAAAUAUCACUCAUUAUCAUUACCGGGAUGA